AUUACCCGCCAAAAUGCAAAUAAAAUAAUAAAAUUUAAGGUUGGCUAAUAAUUCAGUCGUCUCGUUUAUACUGCUUAUUAUACAUUACAUUAACAACUAGACUAUCUUCUUUUGUAUAGAUUUCAGACUCGGCCUGUGCGCAUGUUGUUGGCAGGGUUGUGCGGGGUUGUGCUGUCACGCAGAGGGAAAACAAUAGCACUGGCUGGUGGCUUUGUCGAAAUCUCAACUGUUGGAACUCUUAAACGAGAUUAAUGAAUGCCGCUCAUACCAGGCCUAAAUACGUAUUACAUCCGAGAGCUAUCUCAACAUCCGAGAGCUAUUUUUGACAGUUUAAAGAUGGUAAUUCCGGAACAGCAGCUUCAGGAAGCAACUGCGGUUACCGGCGACGGUUACCACGCCGAACGGAUUCGCUCAUUUCUAUCGUUCUGGCAAUAUAUCAAUCGGUUGGUGGAUGAAUGCAAUCUGCACCGUGAGAUUCAGCGUUCGUUAAAAGCCAUACGCCCACAAUUUAUUUCUGGAUACGAGUACCGCGAAAACAAUGAAAUAUCUCACAAUUUCAUCUAUUUCAUCAUGCAACCCCCAAUUUUGGUAGCCGGAUGGGACGGACGGAGAGAAGCGUUGGAAGCCAUAAUGGACAUGAUGCCAAGAGCUCCAAGAGUUAGGCGUAGGCGAUCUCAAUUUGUCCAGAGGCAAGUCAGAAAACGCAGACACAACAACGCUCGCCGUCAUCUCCGCCGUAACCGUAACCGUUAACAAAAGUCGGGCUAAACAAAAUUCGUUUUAAGUUUUUCAAGUCAGUUCAAAAUUGCAUUUAAUUGCAUUUAAUUGCUUGCAUUUUGACAGAGUUUGAAAAAAUUACAAUCGAUUUGAAUUACCCGCCAAAAUGCAAAUAAAAUAAUAAAAUUUAAGGUUGGCUAAUAAUUCAGUCGUCUCGUUUAUACUGCUUAUUAUACAUUACAUUAACAACUAGACUAUCUUCUUUUGUAUAGAUUUCAGACUCGGCCUGUGCGCAUGUUGUUGGCAGGGUUGUGCGGGGUUGUGCUGUCACGCAGAGGGAAAACAAUAGCACUGGCUGGUGGCUUUGUCGAAAUCUCAACUGUUGGAACUCUUAAACGAGAUUAAUGAAUGCCGCUCAUACCAGGCCUAAAUACGUAUUACAUCCGAGAGCUAUCUCAACAUCCGAGAGCUAUUUUUGACAGUUUAAAGAUGGUAAUUCCGGAACAGCAGCUUCAGGAAGCAACUGCGGUUACCGGCGACGGUUACCACGCCGAACGGAUUCGCUCAUUUCUAUCGUUCUGGCAAUAUAUCAAUCGGUUGGUGGAUGAAUGCAAUCUGCACCGUGAGAUUCAGCGUUCGUUAAAAGCCAUACGCCCACAAUUUAUUUCUGGAUACGAGUACCGCGAAAACAAUGAAAUAUCUCACAAUUUCAUCUAUUUCAUCAUGCAACCCCCAAUUUUGGUAGCCGGAUGGGACGGACGGAGAGAAGCGUUGGAAGCCAUAAUGGACAUGAUGCCAAGAGCUCCAAGAGUUAGGCGUAGGCGAUCUCAAUUUGUCCAGAGGCAAGUCAGAAAACGCAGACACAACAACGCUCGCCGUCAUCUCCGCCGUAACCGUAACCGUUAACAAAAGUCGGGCUAAACAAAAUUCGUUUUAAGUUUUU